GUUUCGCUUGCCUACCAGGAACCAGGCGCUGGUCGAUCAUGGUCAAUGGUCGUUGCGCUCUAGAUAUCCUCGAAAUCAUCCCCUGAACUGAUCAGCAUUCCGUUCCCCCCGCCCGAGACAAUGCCCUCCGACAAGUCUCCGGUCGGCGAAUCCGCCCCGGAUCUCGAGAUCGUGGGAAACAAACUCACCAUUCACCCCAGCGGAGUUACUGGAGGGCCGGAACCUCAAGAUGAACAGAUCGCCGAGCGCAACCUUGUCCGCCAUAUGGCGCGAUUUCGCGAGAACCCUUUCGACUUCCUCCGGGAAGUGAGCCUCUAUAUGUCGGGAACCGGGUGGCGCGCCUACGAUGAUGUGAUCGGACAACCGAUAUUUUACUCUGGGUUUGGCGAUCGGAUGAAGUCACGAAUCCUAGCGAGUCCUCUGUUACAAGGGAAAGUGAAGGAGCUUGCGGAGGCGCGAUUGGAAGUCGAAGAGAAGGAUGGGCUGUUGGAUGUGAAUCCGGGCCCCUUGGCGCAGAAGAAGAUACAUCGUCGGAAUGAAAUAGAGAGUAAUCUCAAGGAAGUGGUGGACUCCAUGCUAGAUAACAUGAUUUGCAAGAUGGAGAGCAAGAGAUUUAUUCGAGGGGCAUAUUAUUUGUGCACGCAGCUUCUGACGCGCGCUUAUCAUCAAGGAAUACACGUAUCGAGUGAAGAAGUUCUCCGGUUGAGAUCGGUUGCGGAAGACGCAGCUGCUAAGAAGCAGUCUAUUGUCUUCUUGCCUUGCCACAAGUCUCAUGUCGACUAUGUGUCGCUCCAGCUUAUCUGCUAUCGUCUUGGGAUUGGGCUUCCAGUAGUCGUGGCGGGCGAGAACCUCAAUAUCCCGAUGCUCGGGCCUUUCCUACAGCAUGCAGGCGCUAUGUGGAUUCGAAGGAGCUUCGGAAACGACCCGCUGUAUAAUACUGUCGUGCAAGCCUAUAUCGAUACGCUUUUACAGCAGGGUUUCAACUUUGAAUGCUUCAUCGAAGGUGGUCGCUCCAGAACCGGAAAGCUCCUGUCGCCCAAAUUUGGUAUUCUGAGCUUCAUCCUGGACAGUGUUCUUUCAGGCCGCGUAGAGGACACCAUCAUAUGUCCUGUCAGCACACAAUACGACAAGGUCAUCGAGACUGAGUCAUACAUUAGUGAACUUCUUGGUCAGCCGAAAAGGAAGGAAAACUUGGCUGAUUUUCUAUCCUCCUCUUCGGUUCUGUCCUUGAAGCUUGGUCGGGUGGACGUCCGAUUCCAUGAGCCAUGGAGCCUGAGAGAGUUUAUCGCCCAGCAACUAUCUCGCAUGCCUGAGCAGAUCAUCACAGAUGGCGGACCGAAAUUGAGUUACGCCGACAGAGGUCGGGUGCUAAGGUCGUUAGGAUACAGGGUUCUGUCCGAUAUCAACGACGUGUCUGUGAUGAUGCCGACGGCACUUGUUGGUACAGUGCUUCUCACUCUUCGUGGACGAGGUGUUGGGAAAGGCGAAUUGGUCCGGCGUGUCGAAUGGCUAUGUGAGCGUGUUCGAGCGAAGGGCGGACGAGUCGCUCACUUCUACCGCUAUCCCACGGAUGUCGUUGUUGACCGAGCCCUGGAGGUCUUGGGUCCGCAGAUUGUGGGUGAAGUGAGCGGACUGGUUGAGCCGACUUUCUUUGCCGUGGAUCGCUUCCAACUUUCAUUCUAUCGCAACAUGACAAUCCACUUGUUUAUCACCGAAGCAUUGGUGUCUGCGGCAAUGUACACGAAAAUCAAGCAAGGCGGCGGGCCGUCUUUUCAGCGCAUGUCCUACACAGACCUCGUAAACCAGGUUUCAUUCCUCUCUCAGCUUUUCCGUGGUGAAUUCAUCUUCCCUCCCGAGGGCUUAACAACCAACCUGGAAAAGACGCUCCGAGGACUCGAGAAAGAUAAUGUAAUUAGAGUCAGCCGAGACACCACCGGGGAACCGCUCUUCGUCGAGCUCAGCGAUGCAGAACGUCAGUGCGGGCGUGAGAACUAUGACUUCUAUUGCUUCUUGAUCUGGCCAUUCAUUGAAGCCUCGUGGCUGGGCUCAGUUUCCCUCUUGGGACUUGCUCCGCCUCUAAACGGCGCGGACGACGUCUGGAUCGAUUUAAACAAGGCACAAGACAAUGCCCAACUGCUUGGGAAAACCCUCUACCACCAAGGCGACCUCUCUUACUUCGAAGCCGUCAACAAAGAGACCCUUAAAAACUCCUACCAGCGCUUCGCGGAGGAAGGCAUCAUUCAAGUCGCGAAAAGCAAGGAAUCGAAAGUCUCUAAUAUGAAAUUGGCUGCUGAAUGGACGCCCGAGCGGGAUCCAACUACUGGAAAAUUGGUUCCUCGUGGCCGUCUCUGGAAUUUCACCGAGCUGAUCGCGCAGUCUAGACGUGAGGGUAAAAACCGCCGCGACGGCGCAACAGUCUCAUCGCGAGUUUUGCACAUGUCAGAUCUUGUCGGCAGAAAACUAUUCGAAGACGCAUCGAGUCGCAGUCCAGCUGAGGAGGUGGAUGUCUCGAUUCGGCAGAUGCGGAGGAAGGCGAUCACACCCAGUUCGAAGCUCUGAGACGUAAAGCCUGUUUGGUUGCAAAGUAGACAUCUAUGGGCCUAUGGCGCAAUUGGUAGCGCGUACGACUCCAGAUCGUAAGGUUGUCCGAUCGAGCCGGGCUGGGCUCAUACCCUCUUUUUUAUUUUUUUGUUCCCGACUGUUUUUUCUUGGCAGUCGGGUUGUAAUGAGGAAGAAGCAUAGCAUUAAUACCCUUUGUAGUUGUAGUUCUUUUGCUG